AUGCGCGGGUCCGACGUCCUCCUCAUCCUUGUUGCCAUCAUCUUCCCGCCUGCUGCUGCAGCGUUCGUCGCCGGCUGUAGCUGCGACCUCCUCAUCAACGUCUGCCUGACCAUUCUUGGAUACAUUCCAGGCCACAUCCAUGCCUUCUGGUUGAUCUACAAGAGGAUGCAGGCCGAGGAGCGCUACGGCCGCGGCGGUUUUGUCUAUGUCGGCAACGGCGCUUACCAGCCGGUCAACAAUGGCGGCGCCCCCGCCAGCUAUGGUACAAUCAACUAA